CACAAACAUUCCAACUUAACAUCGCUCUCCAACUUCACAUUAAGUAUUUCACUUCUUCCUUUUGCACUUGAAAUUCUGGUAUAAUAAACAAUUCACGGUGGUGGUGUUGCGGUAGUGGGAAACACUUGUACGUAAUAUACUUUCAACGUGUGUGCAGGGCAACCUCCGAGCAGGCGCAUACCAUGUACCGCGAGUAGUAUUGAUUGAGGCAAAACAGCAGUAGUAUCUAUUGAGGGAUCUACUCACCAAAAACAUGGAGGAUUCAUCAUCGUCUAGUGUGGUUCUCGCCAUUUGGAUUUUAAUAUGCUGUACGAACGCCAAUGCCGCUAACAUUGCUUCUAAUGAACGGAAAGACUGGUACAACGCCCGCCGUCAAUGUAAAGACCAGAAGUUGGUGGAGUUUGUCGAUAAGGGGAAAUCAAUUCUCACAGUGGUUCAGAACCUCCAUGUUGAAACACAGAAUAUGCCGCAUGUAUUGUGGACGGGAGGACAGGAGGUCUAUUCGCCAUGGAUAAGAGCCGAAGGUUGUCAAAUGACAGACGGACAAGAUAUUGGUACUGUAAAAGAAACGCACACUUUCCGAAACAAUCAUGCGGUGAUGUGUGCAAUGGCAUGUUCUAGAGGCAUGAUGCUACGUCUUUAUGGAGAAAAGUGUGAGUGCUUUUUUAAAUAUGGUAUCCAGUUUGUAUCAUCAAAUCACUGUAGCAUGGCAUGUCCAGGAAACGCAUUGGAAAAAUGUGGUGGACCACGGGCCUAUACAACUUAUACAACUAGAACCUUACAGCAAGAUACAAAUCACACCUGUGCUGCCAUAACAUACAUCAAUGGAAACUGGACAGAACAUGCAGUUGAUUGCAAUUUACAAUUACCUUUUAUAUACAAGAAAGAAAAAAAUUUGCAAACGACGACGAUAAACAAAACUAAGACAUCUUGGUAUAAAAUGAGAGAAUAUAUAGACAACUCGCCAUAUAGAUUCUUCACGGAUGUUGACGCACUGAAUAACGGAAAACUGGAUAUUCCUACAAACGAAACAUAUUGGAUAUGCAUGUUUAGAAACACGAGCAUUAAGUGGAACGACAGCCCACCAUUUGCUCAUGGAGACGACACCGGUCAAUGUGUUGCAAUGGAAAAUGAAACUAGUGUGAAUUGGAAACUUACAAACAGAAGAUGUGACGACAGUCUAAGAUACGUGUGUGCCACAUCAGAAGUGACGGCCACUCGCGGACCUAUAGAUGUUCAGUUCCCAACUACUACGAAUUCGGCUCACACGGACGAAAUACGCAUCACCCCUGGAACAAAUAAUGUGACAAAUGUCAUUUCCACAGAGGUUCACAAACCCAAGGGAAUACUAGGAAUGAAUGUACAACUGUAUAUUUAUAUAGUUAUUGGAGUGGGAUCCGCUGUGUUCGUCAGCUUUUUGUUUGGCUGUGGAAUCAUGAUUCGGAAAUGCUUGAAAACAAAGCCAAAAAACAACAACGCAGAAGUUACGAAGACCAGCGUCGUGUCUACUUCCGAAUGGAUAGACACAAACAAUAGCAUUGGAGGUUACGAAGAGACCGACGACAGUGGUAACGACCCUGGAGAGGAACACAUCUACAACGAAAUCGUCGACGUGGACAUCGAUGUCAUCAGAAUAAAUAACUACUCUGAACCUCUACCGCUCAAAGAUCCUACCAUUUCAACGUCACGGGACUACGCUACUCCAUACGAUGCUAUCAAAAUCAAAGCCGGUAUUAAGAAAAUGAAGAGAAAGCGCACAAAAAACUACAGCUCUGUUGGUCCAGUGUGUUCUGAUAAAGCCAACAGCAGCUCAAGUGAUACUAACAGAGGAAAUGACGUCACACGGGACACAAACCCUUAUGACGUAUGUAAUUUGGAAGUAAAACAGAAAGAUUCCGCUAUUGCUGCAAUCGGCAAUUCCCCAUCAAAUAUUAAAUUCGGCCAACAAAAGCCUGAAUCCGUGUACUCAUGAAAAAACUUUCGUCGGAUAAUAGAGUAAAUUAAGCAAUUGGCGUAUAAUUUUCAUAAUUGGUACUGUAAUGAUAUUGGACUUGUUACAGUACAUCAAGCUGAACACGGUUUGUGAAAUAAUUCUAACAUUUCUGUGUGCAAUGAUUUUAUCAAAUGGUCUCUAAAUGACAAUGGCGUAAUCUCACGUGAUCAAUCUCCACACGUGUGUCACACAGCAAUACUUCGUUAAUUCCGCGGAAUACGUUUCAGUACUCCUGACUAUGCUUCAUUAUAUUUGCUUCUCUGUGAUAGUUAAAGGUGCCAGACAUCACCAAACUAUGGCCUUUUAAAUGCUUACCUAUAGUUUACAACUGUGAUAAUCGUACAAUGUAUCAAAUGUUAUUGUUGAAUAUUUUUGUGCAUCAUUGGAUAUGUAUCCAUCGACUGCAUUAUAAAUGGACGGUAUACAUUUUAUAAAAAACAAUUCAAUUAUUUUU